GGAGAGGAGGGGGGCUGGGGGACGCCAGGCACCUGCUUAGCUUAACCCACACGGCCUGUCCUUUCCCACCGAGCCUGUAGUCUCUACACGCUGCUCCACUCCGCUCUGCUCCUCUCACCACUGGCUAACAGGAGACAUCUUGUUCCAUUGGUUAACACAGGGACAUUACCACCACAUUCCAGAGGAAGGAGAAGAACUGAAAUUAAAUAUAUUUUUCACUUUUCUGAUUUUCCAUUGAAGUGAACUACACGGCUGUGGUUUAUGAUUGGUUUUCGCAAAGGAAGAAGAAACAGGCCAUUUCAGAACUAAUGAGCGUCUCCCAGUCCCAUCGAUGGCGUGGCGAGCCCUGUCCUUGUUCCAGCCAGGGUAGGAGGGUGUUGUGUCCUCCUCUAGCGUCUGUCUCCCCCCACCAUGCUGAAUAAUGAGUCCUCCGAACCAUGAGUCCUGUGGGCCAGGUUUCUCUGCAGCCCACCUGGAACGCAGCCCUGCUCGCCCUGCUAGCCCUCACCAUGGUGCCAGCUCUCAGUGUGUACCAGCCUGCCGGCCUGGGUGCUCCCUCUAACCCCCAGAACUGCCCUGCGGUGUGCUCCUGCACCAACCAGCUCGCUAAGGUGGUGUGUACGCGCCGUGGCCUGGUCAGGGUGCCCCCCGGGAUCCCCACCAACACCAGGUACCUCAACCUGAUGGAGAACAGCAUCGAGACCAUCCAAGCUGACACCUUCAGACACCUACACCAUCUUGAGGUGCUGCAGCUGGGCAGGAACGCCAUCAGGCAGAUUGAGGUGGGGGCCUUCAAUGGCCUGACCAGCCUCAACACCCUGGAGCUGUUUGACAACAGACUGACGGGGAUCCCCAGCGGGGCCUUUGAGUACCUGUCCAAGCUGAGGGAGCUGUGGCUGAGGAACAACCCCAUCGAGAGCAUCCCGUCCUACGCUUUCAACAGGGUGCCCUCUCUGAUGAGGCUGGACCUGGGCGAGCUCAGGAGGCUGGAUUACAUCUCUGACGGGGCCUUUGAGGGCCUGCAGAACCUCAAGUACCUGAACCUGGGGAUGUGUAACCUUAUGGAGAUGCCUGUCCUGUCACCCCUGACAGGCCUGGAGGAGCUGGAGAUGUCUGAGAACACUUUCCCUGUGAUGAAGCCUGGCUCGUUCCGCGGCCUGUGCUCCCUACAGAAACUCUGGAUUAUGAACUCUGGGAUCACCGUGAUUGAGAGGAACGCUUUUGAUGACAUUACGGCGCUGGUGGAGCUGAAUCUAGCCCAUAAUAACCUGUCGUCUCUCCCCCACGACCUCUUUGCCCCGCUGCAGUACCUGGUGGAACUUCAUCUCCACCACAACCCCUGGAGGUGUGACUGUGACGUGGUCUGGCUGUCCUGGUGGCUCAGGGAGUACAUCCCCACUAACUCCACCUGCUGCGGCCGCUGCCACUCCCCUGCCCACAUGAGAGGACGAUACCUGGUGGAGGUGGACCAGACCACAUUCCAGUGCUCUGCUCCCUUCAUCCUGGAUGCUCCCAGGGACCUCAACAUCUCUGCAGAGAGAGUGGCUGARCUCAAGUGUCKUACRGCCKCCAUGUCAUCGGUCCGAUGGCUGCUUCCUAACGGGACCGUUCUGACCCACGGAUCGUCUCACCCUCGGAUCUCUGUCCUCAAUGAUGGAACGCUCAACUUCUCCAACGUUUUGCCGUCGGACAAGGGUGUCUAUACUUGCAUGGUGACUAACAUGGCAGGUAACUCCAACGCCUCAGCCUACCUGAAUGUCAGCAGUGCCGAGCUCAACACCUCCAACCUGUCCUAUUUCACUACASUGACUGUGGAGGUGCUGGAGCCCACCGUAGAGGAGAUCCCCAAACCCAAACCCACCAUCCCAGCCUCGCCCUCCGUGUUCCAGCCCGUCUUCAUCUCCACGCCCACCAUGCUGCUCCAGAGCACCCAGACCCCCCGCCAGGUGUCUCUCCCCACAGCCCGUGGCCCCACCCACCCCUCCGCCAGCCUGGACGAGGUCGUGAAGACAACCAAGAUCAUCAUUGGCUGCUUCGUUGCCGUGACGCUCCUUGCCGCUGCCAUGUUGAUCGCCUUCUACAAGCUGCGUAAGCGGCACCAGCAGCGGAGCACGGUGGCGGUGGCGCGGACCAUCGAGAUCAUCCAAAUGGACGAGGAGGUUCCCGAGGUUCCACCGGCCAGGUCAGGUUCUAGCGAGUCUGAGGAGACGGGGCUGGCUCUGCCCACCAUCUUAAAAACAAGAUACAUCUCAUCAUCCUCAUCGUCCUCCCACAGAGACAGAGACAGAGACAGAGACAGAGACAGAGACAGAGACAGAGACAGAGACAGAGACAGGGACAGGGACAGAGCUGCCUACGGGGCUCACUGGACCCAUAACAACUUGGGAAACUCCCUGCAUCGCUCCUCCAGCCGCCAGUAUUAUCAGCAGCAUCACAGCCUCAUCAGCACCAUCGCAGAGCCGUACGUCAUUAAGACCACUCACACCAAGGAGAAGGUCCAAGAGACCCAGAUCUAGGAGACUCAUGCUGGCCUUACUGUGGAUCUAGCUGUGUGGAUCUAACUCAGUGGAUUUCUAUAUGGAUCUGACUUUACCCCCUCCUCUCCUCCUCUUCUCUCUGCUCACCAGUCCAUGCAAUAGAAUGCACAAAGAAGACAGUAACUUUAUUUUGUACAGGAUGCAAAAUAGAGACAGUUUUUUCUCUCUUGUACAUGCUUAUACAUAAAUAUAGAAAUAUAAAAAAUAUAAAAUAAAUAUACUAUGAGGACGGUGGUGGAAGAUUAUAUUUAAAAAAAUAAAGUACAAUUUAAACUAUUUUCUAAUAACUCGUAACUUCUAUUUAAAAAUGAGAGAUGUUGAGAUGCUGUGGGGGUAGCCUAUAUGAUGAUUGAUUGAGGGAGCUGUCUUGAGGAAGACUGUUCUGUUUGUAAUUUUGACCAUUUAGAAUGCAGUAAAACCCCUUUAUACCCACAGCAGUUUAUAGAACAACAAGCCCUAACAUCAGAUCAGUCUCCACAGGUUAAGCUUGUUAAAGCACCAAUUCGUACUGUGCCAAACGUUGCAAUAAAAGACUGGAAGAUUAAGAAAACCAACAGCCACAACCAAGCAAAAUCUAGACAGAGAGUAAUUUGUCGAGGGAGAGCUGUGGAGAGAAGAGCGUAGAUUUUGCUGUUCAGUUGCUAUCAGCCAAAUGCUUUCAGACUGCAGUGGAUUUCUGCAGCUAAGGUUUAACCCUUUCUUUAUCGGAGCUAAGCUACACGUCUUUCUAAAAGCAGCUCUUUUUUAUGUUACUGAAUCUAAACCCAUUUAGUAUGAUUGCAUUUGAUUUAUCCCAGGUCCCCUUGGCUAAGAUGAAGGACAGGCUAUUGAACAGUGAUUUGGUGUGAUUACUUCAUGCAGAUUUCAGUUGCAUAAUGCAUUAUGUUUUAUAUCUUUUUUUCUUUCCUUGGGUUGCGACGUGCUUCUUAAUAGCAUUUGUAGUGUUUUGGGUUAAUGUAGUGAUGCAUUAAAGCAGUUCUUUGCCUGCUCUCUGUAAGAGCUCUUCUAUUGGUAAUCCCUCACAGAUACCGACAUGUGGUGCAGAAGGACUGGGGUUUGCUGACCGAUCUGCUUUUGAAAGAAAAAAAGGAGUGGGGUUGAAAUGAAAUGAAUGUCUGGACAUUGGGCUUGUUUCUCUGUGGACGUAAUUGAAACAGUGAAAUGUUUUUUUAUUUUCCUUAUUUUAGGUAUUAUUUCGAACAUUAUGGGGAGGCUAUAAGGAGGCAAAAAUAAAUAAAACCUUUGGUUUGUAUUUCUCUA